UUAGAAGUUUUUAAUCUAGUAUGCCAUACAACGAAGCAGCUAGCAAUACUGGAUCGUUUCUKUUAAGGCGAAUUGGUUUGCCUUCCACUUUACCGACGAUUGGUAAUGUUUUCAGUUUAAACAGUGGUACUACAAUCAUAGGGAGAAACCCUACUACAUCAGACAUCUUCCUUGAYUCGGCCGUCCAUAAAGCYCUCAUAUCYCGCCURCACGCAAGGAUAACUACUGACCAAAAUGCAAGUAAAGUUACAAUAUGUGAUACAAGCCUAAAUGGUACUUACGUCAACGAUAAAAAGAUUCUCGACACUGAAGAAAUCAAAGUUGGUGAUACUAUAACUUUUGGGCAUCUUAAGGGGGCUGUACUAGAACCUGGUGUUGUUGCUAAGCAACACAAAUCUGAGUUUAUGUUUAAGCUGGAGAAGUGUGCCCCUCAAAUGACACAUCAUUCAAAAGAAGAACAUUCCGUAUAUCCAUGUAAUAUCAAUAACUCAGAAGGUUACAUCCAAGAAAGAAUUGGCCUCCUGCCUGAUUUAUCACCAUUUUUGAACAGUACAGAGGAAGAUUCCUGUGAAUCACAAAACAUUGAAAAACAACAAACUCCUAAACCAUGCCUCCUCAAGACUGAUGGAAUAAAUCUGCAGAAAGAAACAUCUGAAAAUUUGGAUCUUAUCCAAGACAGUGAAGAUGAAGACGAGAUAUCUAUUAUACAGACAUAUGACCAUAAAGAAACAAAUUUAGCAUCCAAAAACUCUACAGAGACUUCCAGAAACACACACAGUGCUCCUUAUUAUAAUAUGGACCUACCAAGUGAACGUAAUGUUAGAGAUCCAAAGAAGACUAUAGAAAUAGCUGAUGCUACAACAGUACCAUUGAAUGGACUUGCUAAUGAUAUGUUGAGAAGUAGAAAUGCACUCACUAAUAUAGAGCAUCCGCAAGUUUUCAUUGAYGAUGGUAAAAGUUUAAAGCGACCCAAAAAGGGAAGACCUUCAAAGAAGAGAAAAUCUCUAAAGGCCACGUCCAACUAUGAAAAGAAUGUCCCUGAGACUUGUGGGUUUAAAAGUGAUUGUYUACGUCCCCAUGAUAGAGAAGAGCUAGUGGAAUGGGUGCAAUGUGACUAUUGUAAGAAAUGGUAUCACUUAGAGUGCACAGGUCUGACCCUUGAUAAGGUUAGCACUACGGCUGUGAAGUUCAACUGUGGCUGUGUCUAUAUUGCAUGAGGUGACCCAAAAUGGCUUACUAGUGAAGGGACAAGCAACUGAAAGAAACAUUUUAAAGUUCAACUUCUAGCAACAAUUGAAACCUUGAUGUGGUUAACACUAGAGCUGUAAAGUUCAAACUGUGGUUGUGUCUACACUGCGUAAGUUGACUCAAAAUGGCUUGACAGCACUAGCAUCCUUUGAAAGAACUGUUAUUUUAAACUUCAACAUCUUGCAACAAUAAUUGAAACCUUGAUAUGGUUAUCAUUUGAGCUGUAAAGUUCAAACUGUGGUUGUGUCUACGUUGCAUAAGUUAACCCAAAAUGGCUUACUAMUGAAGGGACAAGCAACYAGUGAAAGAAAUGAUAUUUUAWACUUCAAUGUCUUAAAAUUGAAAMCUUGAUAUGGUUARCACUAGAGCUGUAAAGUUGAACUGUKGCUGUGUCUAUGUUGCAUAAGUUGAUCCAAAAUGGCUUACUUAUGACGGCACUAGCAUCCAGUGAAAGAAAUAUUAUUUUAAACUUCAACUUCUUGUAACAAUUGAAACCUUUUAAAGCUGUAAAAUGCAGUCUGUAAAUGGCUGUCUACACCUAGGUGACUACAUUACACACUAUGACCAAUCAAAAUUGGCUCAUUUAUAAACAGAAUGCUACCAAAAGAAGCACURUUUUAAACUUGAACGUCUUAUAAUGAUUAAGUUCAGUUAAUAAUAUUGCUGGCUUUGCUACUGMAGACUGCAUUGUAUUACACUUCAUAUGCAACAAGUUUGUCUGUUCCACUUUCACUAAAGCAAAGGAAAAAAAUGACGAGAUURCAAGGAUGGAAAUCGUGUUCCAAGGAGACUAUUCUCUUAUUAUAAAAGGAAAAGAAAGAAACAUUGUUUUGAACUUGAAUCUGUUGUCAUGUUGUGGCUAUGUUUUUCGCUACUUGUAUUGUCACCUUGUAUGUUACAAGUAACAAUAGUCUUGCUCAACCUUUCUUUAAAAGACAAAAAUGAGUUUGCAAUUAGAAACAUUUAUGGAUAAAAGGUACAACAAUAUUCCACCAUCUGAAAUACUGAUCCAUAGAUCAAUACAAACAAGCAAUACAAGAACAUAUGCUGAUUUUAAAAAGUUUAUCCACCAUAACAAACAGUGCUUGAUUACAUUUUUUAUUUACAUUUGCAUGCAAUGUUAUAUUUCAUGUUAUUAACACUUAACAAUUUCCAGUUCCAUCUUAAAAAGUAGCCAUGYAAUGGUUAUGCCAUAGACUAUCCAAGUUGUUAAAAGUGUAUYCAUGACUACAGGCUACCUUACAAGAUGGUUAUUAGAAAGUUUUAUAAAAAGGAGCAUUCAGAUAUACAUGUAUUAUAAUAAUAUAUCAAAUGAUUAAAAGAACUUAAUCAAUA